AUGAAUUACUCUUCCGCCGUGUCUUACAACCCAUCAUUAGCACUACGAAGUCAACAACCAGGUGGAUCACGGAUACCCCAGAGUUUAGCUUCACGAACAUCAACCAUCCAAUCGACAGAACAAAGCCAUUUGAACAGCAAUAGCAAUAGCAAUAACACUAACACUAACAGCAACGGCAAUAAUCAGUUCUACAGUCAAUCCAUCAGCAGAAAUACAUACCAAACCAAUCCCACCUCAUCAUUUAUCAAUGAAAUGAAUACACCCCAAAACCGUGCUAAACGAAGGUCAACACUUCUUUCUGCAUCUGCGUCAACGAAUAGAAAACGUCAAAGCUUUGGGCUACAACAACCACCAUCCCAACAACAAGCCAUUCUAAAUUCACAAAUGCAGCAACUGCAGGCACAGUCAUCAAGUCGGAAUAUGUUUGCAUCUCAGACAACUCCACUGUCAUCCCAGCAGCAACUGCUGCAAAUACCAAUACCACUACUGCUGCAACAAAUAUCUUCACGAAUAGCUGCACCUCACAUACUUGAUCCGAGACCGUUGAGGGAUAGAGGUUUUCAAGAACAAAUGCAAAGGCACAUCAACAACUUUCUUGUGAGUCACGAUUUUGAAAGGAAGUCACGGAUGACAUUUAGUGAAAACUUGUUGAAAUUUCCUACACAAAGCAAUUUCAAUGAGAUCUUUAAAUUCAUAUGUUUCACAAUAGACUCUUCGUUUAGAUUUGAAAAGACUCCCGAACAAGAGAUUUUUCUUACCUUGAGAGCGUUGGAUUACCCCUAUUUGGGCAAUAUAACAAAGACUCAGAUUGGUGCUGUAGGAGGCCACAAUUGGCCCACUUUCUUGGGCAUAUUAGACUGGCUAGUCGAAGUUAGUGAACUCAACUCCUGUACCAUUGAUGAUUAUGAUCCAACCGAUGAGUUUGACAAAAUCUUUCUUCAGUACUCAUAUGAAUGUUAUGAAAAAUAUUUCACCGAAGAUGAAAACUAUGAUGAACAAUAUGAAGAUUUAGAACGUGGAUUUAAUCUUGAGAUUGAAAACUGUGAUAAAUUGCUCAAUAGUGGAGAAGAGAGGAUUCGAGCAUUGCAAGAAACUGCAGAUCAAAAGUUGGUGGAGUUGAAACUCAAGAACGAUGCCGAUAGGAAAACAGCCGCGCUAGAGGAUGACCACGAAAAAUUAAAGGAAUAUAUUGUUCAAGUCAAGAAAAUGAUUCCCGAUUGGAAAACUAAAAUUGAGAUGGCAUCAAAUGAAAUCCACCUGAUGACUGAGAGGCUCAAACAACUAGACAAGGCAAAAAAAGAUUUGAAUAUCGAGCUUCAGCAACGAGGGCUUCAUAUUGACCAAAUUGAUCGACUACAUAUCGAGCGAGACUCUUAUACAAAAGCUGUAGAGGCAGCUCACUUGAAGGGAGAAGAAUUGAAGGACCAAUUGGCUAACCGAAUCUUUGAAUUGGAAACCAAUGUACAGGACUUUGAAACCGUGCUUUUGGAAUACAAUCAAGGUGUCCAAAGGCUCAAUUAUGACGAAAUAAGCGGGUAUCAAUUUGGACUAAGGUUGAAUCAUGCCGUGAAGGAAGAAGGCUUAACCAAUUCCGCUGAGGCGCUUGGGAGAGAUGAGAUUCUUGAAAACAAAUCGAUUAAUGAUGAAAGGGUGCAGUUGAUUGGGUUUAUCGAUAUGUUGAAGAAACAAAUUGUUGAUAUGACGAAAGAAUCACAAGCUACUGACGACAAGAUAAAUUCUAUCCUUGAAAUGAUUAAUCAGCAACGAGACGAAGUGGAUGAUUUGCAAAUACAAGAUUCGCUAUCCAAACGCAAGUGUGACGAUAUUGCACAAAAUCUGUAUCGCCAGCAGACUGAUUUCACUAGCCAAAUUGAAGAAACUGAGCAAAGGGUCAGAGAGAUUAAGAUGUCUAUGACCUCCUCACUGCUUGAUUUAGAGAAACGGUUGAGAAAUGCCAAUAUAGCAAAAAAUAGUGCUAUUGGUGAUAUUCAGUUGAGAAGAAGAGAGAUGAGCGAACAAAUUGAGAAAAUCACCUCCUAUGUUUUAAAGUUUAAGACCAAUGUUCAAGAAAGAUUGAUGAUUAUGGCAGAUUCAAUACAAAAGAAAGAUUACGAGUGA